ACCACCACCCUCCCCAAGCUGCCCUACCCGUCCUGACCUCGCCGUCUGCUGCUCCCACGUCGCCCUUCACCGUUGCCUGUCCCUGCGCCUACUCAGCCCUGGACGAAAGCGCUGCGCCCCUUGCCUGCAGAGCCAUUGCCGCAGCCCCGCUAUCUAUUGGCCCGCCCCUACCAUCACAUACCAUACUCUGGUGCUGCUCCGCCUACCAACACUUUUACCACUGCCUAGCCGCUUCUCCCCUACAUACAUAUCCCCGCCCGUUCCCAGCAAAUCUCCAUCCACGGUAAUCCAACCCUCGUUCAGCCAUGGGUAAAUCCCAGAGUAAACUGUCCCAGCAGGAGCUGGCCGAUCUGCAGAAAGCAACACACUUCGACAAGAAGGAACUACAGCAAUGGUACAAAGGCUUCCUAAAGGACUGCCCAUCGGGUAUGCUCACCAAGGAAGAGUUCCAGAAGAUCUACAAGCAAUUCUUCCCGUUCGGCGAUCCGUCAUCGUUUGCAGACUAUGUCUUCAACGUUUUUGAUGCAGACAAGUCAGGCACAAUCGACUUCAAAGAAUUCAUCUGCGCACUGAGUGUCACCAGCCGUGGCAAGAUGGAGGACAAGCUGGAUUGGGCGUUCCAGCUGUAUGACAUUGACGGCGACGGCAAGAUAAGCUACGAAGAGAUGCUGGCCAUUGUAGAGGCCAUCUACAAAAUGGUUGGCUCCAUGGUCAAGCUCCCAGAAGACGAAGACACACCCGAGAAGCGCGUCAAGAAGAUCUUCCGGAUGAUGGACAAGGACGAGAACGGUAGCUUAGACAUGGCUGAAUUCAAGGAGGGCUCCAAGCGCGACGAGACCAUUGUUUCGGCCUUGUCUCUCUACGAUGGUCUUGUUUGAAGAGGAGGGUUGUUGAUACCCAAGGUCGUUUCCUAUUCUUGUUUCGUUAUAGUCGAUAUCACAGCGCAUUUGCGGGAUUCGGGCGUGCCAUCGUGCCCUUGCUGCUAGGGGUGGAAAACGUUGACUUCGCCUCGGCGUACAGGGACAUGAUGAUUGAUGUACGUAUAAAUAGCUCAUACAAUUUGGUUGCUUGAGGGUAGAAUGCAACAAUGGAUUUCCCGAGGCCCUGG